AGAGAGAGGGAGAGCGAAGGAGGGGCGAUGAUUGACGGGGCCGCCUUUCCCGCGGCAGCGCGCUGUUGCUGCCGUCGCGAGCGCGCGCGCCCCCGGAGCCGCGAGCUGUUGCCUCGCGCGGCGGCUCGUGCCCUUCUCCGCUGACUGAGGGGACGGACGGACGGGCUGACAGGCGGGCGGACAGUUCCCUUUUCUUGCCGCGUGAGGCGAGCACGGAGACCCGCUAAAAUGACUACUGUAUAAAUGUCAUAGAAUAAAUGGCGUCCAAAGUAACAGAUGCUAUAGUCUGGUACCAGAAAAAGAUUGGGGCAUAUGACCAGCAAAUAUGGGAAAAAUCUGUAGAACAAAGAGAAAUCAAGUUUAUUAAAUUGGGUUUGAGAAACAAGCCAAAGAAAACGGGGCAUGUAAAGCCAGAUCUCAUAGAUGUUGAUCUUGUAAGAGGCUCUGCAUUUGCUAAAGCUAAACCAGAAAGUCCCUGGACAUCUCUGACUAGAAAGGGGAUUGUUAGAGUUCUUUUCUUCCCAUUCUUCUUCAGGUGGUGGCUACAAGUGACAUCAAAGGUUAUUUUCUUCUGGCUCCUUGUCCUUUAUCUUCUUCAAGUGGCUGCAGUAGUCUUGUUCUAUACAGUAGAAGCCACACAUAAUAUACCUCUGACUGAAGUGGUAGGUCCUGUAUGGCUCAUGUUGCUCCUUGGAACUGUGCAUUGCCAGAUUGUUUCAACAAGAACCCCUAAACCACUUCCAAGUACAGGAGGGAGAAGGCGAAGGAAAUUAAGGAAAGCAGCACAUUUGGAAGUACAUAGGGAAGGCGAUGGCUCUAGUACCACAGAUAACACACAGGAAGGAACAGUGCAGAGCUACGGUACAAGCACCUCUUACAGUAUUGGCGCUGUCUUCAGAGAUAUCUGGCAUGCUGCUUUCUUUUUAUCGGGAGCAAAAAAAGCAAAGAAUUCAAUAGACAAGUCAACAGAGACUGACAAUGGGUAUGUCUCGCUUGAUGGAAAAAAGACCGGUAAAAACAAUGAAGAUGUUUUACAAUCCCAGGAGCCGCAGUGUGAAGUUAUCAGAUCAGAAGAGACAUGCUGGAGCACAGGAGCAGCCAGAAAUUCAUUCAGUAAUACAAAUCAUCACAAAGAUAAUCACAGAACAGUGACAAAUGUAUCUGAUGAAGUUUCAAGCGAAGAGGGACCAGAAGCAGGAUAUCCCUUGCGCCGUAAUGCAGAACGUGCUUCCAGUGACUGCACAUUUCGGAAUAGGAAAUCCCAUCAUUAUAAGAAACAUUACCCUGUGGAGGAUAUCCCUAAAUCAGGCACUAGUUGCAGUUCACGAUGUUCAAGUUCCAGACAAGAUUCUGAGAGUACAAGACCAGAGUCUGAGACAGAAGAUGUAUUGUGGGAGGACCUUUUGCAUUGCGCAGAGUGCCGCUCCUCUUGCACCAGUGAGACAGAUGUGGAAAACUCUCAAGUUAACACAUGUAUAAAAAAAGAGUACAGAGAUGACCCAUUUCACCAGAGUCACUUGCCCUGGUUUCAUAGUUCUAAUCCUGGGCUCGAAAAAGUAAGCGCAAUUGUUUGGGAAGGUAAUGACUGCAAAAAGGCUGAUAUGUCGGUGCUUGAGAUCAGUGGCAUGAUAAUGAACAGAGUAAACAGCUAUGUACCAGGAAUAGGAUAUCAGAUUUUUGGAAAUGUUGUCUCUCUAAUCCUGGGUUUAACACCGUUUGUAUUUCGAAUUUCCCAAGCUAAGGAUCUGGAGCAUUUAACUACACAUUCUGCUGCUGAACUUUAUACGAUUGCAUUUGGGUCAAAUGGAGACAUAAUGGUUCUUUCCAUGGUUAUAGUGUGCUUCAUAGUUCGUGUUUCCCUUGUAUGGAUAUUCUUCUUUUUAUUAUGUGUGGCUGAGAGAACCUACAAACAGAGGCUACUUUUUGCCAAACUCUUUGGCCACCUAACAUCUGCAAGAAGGGCACGGAAGUCUGAGGUUCCUCACUUUCGACUAAAGAAGGUGCAGAAUAUUAAAAUGUGGCUUUCCCUCCGCUCCUAUCUAAAGCGUCGAGGUCCUCAACGGUCAGUUGAUGUAAUAGUCUCAUCUGCUUUUUUGUUGACUCUUUCGGCUGUAUUUAUCUGCUGUGCACAGCUACUUCAUGUACAUGAGAUCUUCCUUGAUUGCCAUUACAAUUGGGAACUAGUGAUAUGGUGCAUUUCAUUAACUCUCUUUCUUUUAAGAUUUGUUACACUUGGGUCUGAAACAAGUAAAAAAUACAGCAAUACCUCAAUAUUACUUACUGAACAGAUCAAUUUGUACUUGAAAAUGGAAAAGAAGCCGAACAAGAAAGAAGAACUGACAUUAGUGAACAAUGUUUUGAAACUUGCUACAAAAUUACUCAAGGAACUGGACAGUCCCUUCAGGUUAUAUGGAUUGACAAUGAAUCCUCUGCUUUAUAACAUCACUCAAGUUGUCAUUCUGUCUGCUGUUUCUGGUGUUAUCAGUGACUUGCUUGGAUUUAAUCUAAAGCUCUGGAAGAUCAAAUCCUGACAUUUUUCCCCAAAAAAGGAAAACGGACACAAUCCUCUGGAGAAGAGAACUGAUCGACUAAGCUGCCUCAGAGCAGUUGCUGAUUCUUUAUUUCAGAAGUUUCGAUCUCUACUUGGAUUAUCAUUUGCAAAGUUGAAGUGUUUACAUCUGACUGUCUUGUGCAAUCUUAAUAUUUAUUUUACCUUUUCGUUUUUGUAAAUUUUAUUUUAGCUGACAUUGUAUUUCAUUUUGAAACAUUAAUAUGCUUUGGUUAUUGAGAGGGUAAAAAAUGGAUAUCCAGAUACUUGAGAUCCUGGCAAUUGGUCACACUAAAUUUCUCAAAUAUGCUUCAUCUGUUGUGAAAGGUGAAGUCCUAAUGCUAGGCUUUUAUACUUCAGAAUUUCUUGUUACAUCAAUGUCAUGCUGAAGUCACUUUAUUGAACAUGUACUAUAAAAUGUUUUAAACAUUUUAUUUUGUACCUUCCUUUCAGGGGUAGUAUCAGAGCACCAGCAUAUUGUUGGUUACAGUAGAAAGUGACAUUUACUGUAAUUACAAUGCAGUAGGCCAGGUUAACUACAUUUUUAUAUAGAUAUAUAUAUAAAUGCUAGAGCCAGCACGUUUCUUACUGAAGUGAUUCCAGGAUCCUAAAUAUAUUGAUCUGAAGUUUUAAGCAUUGUUGAAGAUUACUAAGGUAUUACAUAGCAGGUCAACAAGUGCUCUUUGAUAACAUUUUUAUUGGAGCAAUAACUGUAAACUGUUACUGUGCUGUAAGAUAUUUUGAUAAAAAUUAGCUAUAGUAUUUAUUUGAGACACUGGGCUGUUUGCACAGUUCUGACUGUGCCGCUCAAUAUGUGCACUUUUAUUGUUACUUAAAUAGUGAUCUUUAUAUAUACUAAAUAGAAUAUAUUAUGGUGGACUAUGGUGCAAUAGUGUUACAUUUGCAAGAUAUUAUGUAGGAAUGCUCUCCCAUAGUACACUGUAGUAUAUGUGACUUAUACCACACAGGGAAUAUAAAAAAUUGUAAGAUAAGCAACUUUUGAAAUCGUAAUUUUCAGAACUCAGUCUUAAUCCUGUUUAGAAGUGAGCACUGAUUAUUCAAUUUAAUCCUCUUGAAUUGCAAAAUUGGGCUAUAAUUUUAUCCAUAUGUGCUUUGGAGUAAAUCCCACUGAACUUAAACACUCUGGCUUAGCUUGCUGUUUACUCAGAAGUAAGUUGGAAUGUUCAUUGGGUUUACUUCCAGGUAAGUGUGCAGCCUGCAGUGGUUUCAGCGGGAUGCUUUUAGGACUGAUGCCAGAUCAUGACCAUGUCGUAUCUCUUUUUUAUUAAAUUUCCAAAAGACGUAGGCUGCAAUUCUGUAUAUCCCCCCCCCCAGGAAUAAGCCCCACUGACAUCACUAGGGCUUCAUAUAGGACUGCACUUUACAGAUAACAUUAGCCGGUGUUCUCUUUAGCAGCAAGUAACUAAUUUUAAAUUAGGAAGUGGAAGUGCUCAGUUUGAACACUGAUGACACCUGUAACCGAGCCACUGUGAUCUAGCAAAGUGCUGCCUCAGAUGCUGUGUGGCUACCUGAGACCUCUGGGAUUGUCCCAUUCUCUUCAGUGGAGUGGCCAACUUUACACGCACAAAUAUAUAUAGAUUUACAUCAAGCAGCCUCUCCCUUAAGUGGAUGAAUAAUCCCCAUGCUCAGUGUAUGUAUUGGAGCACACAGGUAAGGGCAUCUGUAGAGCUAUUGGUUCACUAUGUUGACAGUCUCUCCAUUUACCUUUCAAUAAGGAUUAGCUGAAAAUUUUAUAGAGCCGUCAAUUUGAGCUACGAAGUGUGAUUCAAAACAUCAUGUCAAAAGGGACAAUGCUAUCAUGUUGAGCAUACAUAUAAUAUUCUGAACUGGAUAUUGUGUACAUUGUGCUUAUUUUUUCAAAAAAAUCUAUUGGAAUGUAUAAACAAUAGAAAAUAAUGUAGCUGAUCUGAAGAAAAUAAUAAUGAAACCUUCCAAAACUCCCAAUUCCAGAAUUACUGCAAUAUAUACUUGUGUGGUAUAAGGUAUUUUUAUAUAUAAAGCAACACAAACAUUUUAUAUUUUAUUUGUUUCUGUACUAAUGUUUUAAUAAUGUUAAUAAUGACCAAAGUGCAUUCUGUUAUUGUUGGGUUUUUCACCCCCCAAGGAAUGUAUUACUGGAGCUUUAAGAACAUGCUAUGUCUAGUUCAUAAUGUACAAAACUUAGGUUCUGUGAUCUAUUGUUCUUCCUCUAUGUUGUCUGAUGUUGGGAUUGUUGUUUAGGAAUUGCCUGGUUUAUAUCCCCCCCGCCCCAAAUACGGUACAGGCCUGCACAGAACUAAAUUUUGCACAGAAUACAUUUUAAUAAAAAAGGAACAGUUUGAGUUGUGUAGGGGUAAAGAAUGACUCUGUUUCCACAGUCUGCCACUCUCCCCCCCCCUUCAAUUAAAAAGUUGUUUUAAGAAUUAAAAUGUUUUUAGACACUUAAAUGUUGACUAUGAUCUUGUUAAAGAGGAGCGGAAAUUUGACUCGAAAGAAGUUUGAUUGUAACCACACUAUACCUCAGCAACUAGCAGUAUGCUAGAUUGUUGCACUAAUUCGGACAGCAUGAAAAAACCUAGAAAUGAGGAUUUGCAAAUAUGAAAAGUACCUCACAAUCAAAACAGGUAUGUUUUAAAUGGUUGCCAUUUUGUACAUCAAUCAUGCAAGUGAAAUGCUAAGUGUGUUUUACGUCCCUUAUUUGGAAAAGUAGAGGUGAGCUAAAAAGUGGUAGAUCUGGUGUGCAAACUGUUUCUGACACAUGUUUGUAAUAGACAGCAUGAUCAAGCUUGGAAUAAAACAUUCUGUGGCUGAUGGUAUUAAA